UUUUGUGCGUCUACCAAUUAAUAUGCACGUUAACUUCGUUAAACGAUUCAUUUUAGAUCAGAGUACAGUGUACCGAAGCGUCUGCAUAGGUCUGGUUCUGGCUUUUCCUCAGUGAUGACAAUAGCCACAGAGCACCAUCCUCGCUACAACUUGGCAACUCUUCGCUGAAUGGAUUUGCUCCGAGACGGAGAGGUUUUUAUCCAUGUUCCCUGACUUCAGCAUGAACAAGACCUAAAAUGAAGGAAUUGUAAGAGAGGUUGGAUAAUUUUGGAUAUUAACCAGGUAAAGAGUUCUCCGCCACGAUGGAUUAAUUGCAGAGUUUUAAAUUGCGUUCUUUGUAGACUUCGAGUUGUAAUAACCGAAAAUGUGGAUCUUGGCCAUCUCAAGCAAUACAAUUUCAUAACAAGAAGGGGAAACAACUAUUCUUCAUGAAAGAGGAUUAAACGUCUUUGUAUUUCUUUUCAAGAUAAAGCAUAGAAAAGACAAAAGACACAAACACUAUCUAAAUAUACAUACUCUUUACUACAACUAUGGAGCACACGGGCAUUGAAGAAGUGAACCAGACCCACCAGCAACACGAGCCCAUCAGUUUUGGAAUAGAUCAGAUUCUGAACAGUUCGGACCAACCCAGCAGCUGCAUGCUUCCGAACCGAACCAGCGACCCGGAUUACCAGCUGGCGCCGAACGUUUACUCAAAUGGGUACAACAGUGUAUACAAUCCGGCCUGCUCCAUGGCAGCCGGGUUGGCGGGCUCCUAUAACGUGAACAUGAACAUGAAUGUUAGCAUGAAUAUGAACGUUAACGUGAAUUCAGGGAACGCUGGCGGUGUCAUCCGCGUCCCGGCCCACAGACCCAUGCCACCAGCGCCUCAUCCACCUCCCCCGACCCAUCCACCCGGUAUUGCGGCCGGGAUACCGACGGUACCAAACAUGGGAAACCCGGCCAAUUUUACCUUCCCCUGGAUGGAAAGCAGUAGGAGGUUUGCGAAAGACAGACUUACGGCAGCCCUCUCUCCAUUCUCUGUGACUCGGAGGAUCGGACACCCUUACCAGAACCGCACGCCCCCCAAGAGGAAAAAGCCCCGCACGUCCUUCAGCCGCGUCCAGAUCUGCGAGCUGGAGAAGCGCUUCCACCGGCAGAAGUACCUGGCGUCCGCCGAACGAGCCACGCUGGCCAAGGCCCUCAAGAUGACAGACGCUCAGGUCAAGACCUGGUUUCAGAACAGGAGAACUAAAUGGAGGAGACAGACGGCGGAGGAGCGCGAGGCCGAGAGGCAGCAGGCCAAUCGUCUGAUGAUGCAGCUUCAGCAGGAGGCCUUUCAGAAGACCCUGAGUCAGCCGCUGCAGCCGGACCCCCUGUGUCUGCACAACUCCUCAUUGUACGCGCUACAGAACUUACAGCCAUGGGCUGAGGACAACAAGGUGACCUCCGUCACCUCAGUAGCGUCGGUAGUCUGAGCACAGGCGUGUGGGUGUGCGCGUGUGUGUGUGCGUGUGUGUGUGCGUGCAUGUGUGUGUGUUUGUGGGAGAGAGAGAGAAGGGCUGUUUUAUGGGAAAGGGAAGCAGUUUGUAAACAGGACACAUUAGGGAGAUCGGAUGCCAACUGGAAUAAAAUAAUUGAGGCUUCAUUGGUUUACUCGCAAAAAAUCAUUUGAUGAAACCAAGCCUCCAGCUAUAGGUUAAGUGCUUAUUAUGAAGGACUGGGCUGGAGGCUUUUUGUAUAAUCUGGUUGUUCCUUACGUGUGUUGCCUUGUUUUCGCUGGGUCCAAGCGAACAGGCAGUACAGGAUAUUCAGUUUCCCACUGUUCUUCCUCAAUGUAAUGAACCAAACUUGAACUGGUUUGCAGAGCUACAAGGGAUUGCGCCCAAGUCAAAUCCUUGACUGAACGUUUUUUUAUGAUUGUUGUUUUUUGUUUGUUUGUUUGUUUUUUGACACAACUGUGUUCAAAUACUUUAAAUCUCACCGGAUAUACUUAUAGCCUUAGCGUGAAAUGACUGUUGACACAGUGACUUAAGCCAAAAGUAAACACUCCGUGACCGUGUUAAAAUGUCAGUUAAUUGGUCUUGAUACUCCCACAGGAUAUGUCAAGUUUUUUUUUCAUUCCUUACGCUACCUUUCCACUUUCCCCUCAGCUGACCGUCUAACAGAGGGUGGAUCUACAGUUUGUCUUCACCACCUGUCAAAAUGGAUGGAUGGAUUCUUCCCCAUCCAGAGCGUCCUGCUGACUGUCUACGUGCCGUGAGGCAUCAACAAGACACUGACUCAGCCACUGACUCGUUUGUUCUUGUGUAUUUUGCUUUGACUUUGUAUAGAGAGAGUGAGAGAGAGAAGGGAAAAAAACAGACCUGAACAUGAUGCAUGCUCCAGACGUUUCCGCUUGUGAACGGGAAUCAAAGUUGAUGAAGGUUGAAAGACCUUCUGAACUGCAGUCCACAAAACAGUUAUGGUUUCUUUCUCCUGACUCUUGAGUCUACAUAAUAUACAUUUAAAGGUGUUUUAUAAUAAUUAAACAUACUUGUGAUUUUUUGAAAA